AUGGCCGCCGCAGCCUCUAGAUUCAGCAUAUCCAGUCGCACCUCGUCCGCCCCAUCACCUGCACCACCGCCGCAUCCACCGCUACCAUCAGAUACCACCCAGCCAACAGCUCCCGCACCAAUGUCAACCACCCCACCCGCAUCCCAGUCCCAGUCCCCGGCGCUGGCCGCCAGGUCGCUACCUGCCUCCACACUGGCCGCACCAUCUGCGGCAUCGCCGUCUGCCGGCGAGCGCCCCCUUCGAUGGCUGCUCAUCGAUGUCGCAGAGUCGUCUCGCACCUUUCUCCGCGCCUUGGCCUCCUCCGAGGCUGAUGGCAGCGUACAGGGCCAGCAAACCACCGCAAACGGCUCCUCCGCCUCGUCUACCGCGCCGACCUCUUCGAAUGCCGCCCAGACCUUGACGCACCAGAAGCACCUGUCCACGGCCGCUCCAGUCCAGGGUGCCGCCGUGGGCCAGCUCGACAAACGCCUAUCGCUGCCCUUUGGAGGGUCCGUUGCCAGCAACGCGCCCUCGAGCUCAAAGGGCCCUUCAAAGAAGCCCAGCUUCAUGUCCCGGCUCAGAUCAGGCAGCACCUCGAUCAGCAGCGCCGCCUCCUCGUCCUCGGAAAAGGAGAACAAGUCGAUCGACGCACCCGCGGCGGCCUCUCAGAUCGCCAAUGGCGCCUCUACGCCGGCGCAGCUCUCCCCCAGGAUUCAGGAGGCAAGGCUUUCGGCGACGCCGCGACAAACAGUCGCUAGGCUCGCCUCUGCGACACCCGAGAGCUCGGACGUUGGAGCCGCGUGGGCUCUUGUCAAGCAAUGCGGCGUCCACACCGUCGACGAGGCCGUUGGCAAGGCUGCUGCCAAUCAUAUCGACGUAGACCCGCAAGCCUUGGCAGACCUGAUUCGGAGCGAGAGCAUCGAAGCCGUCUACAUAGGGGAAGGGACGAAGCCGGACCGCGCGCUCGCCGUGCGUCUGCUGGAGGCUCUCUCUGCGGCUGGACCACAGAAGGCGCCAAAUGCGAUCGCCGUCGAUCCGGCCUUGACUCGGGCCCUGACGGCUCAGGAUGCCGCUUCCCUGGUUGCGCUGGCCGCUCAGACCGGCACUUGGCUGGCGCUUCCAACGAAGUGGGGCCGAGAUGGACAAGCAAACGCCAACGCGCUCGUGCAAGGCUGCGCCCGGGACCUGCUGGAGGGAAGGCUAUACAGUCCCAGCUUCACCUGGGAUGAGACGCUGGCGGUGCUUGAGAGUCUCGACGAGCUGAGGCAGACUGCGGUGCCGCUUCCUCCGACGGCCCCUGCAGAGGUACCUGCUGGCCGGCUGCCAAAGAUCGAGGACCUCUCGGACACGAGCAUGGAAAGCACGGGGAGCAGCGUCGCCGCUUCGCCUCGGCUCGGCACGCCCGCCGCGGACGAGUCGACCACGAACCUGUCGACUGCCGCGUUGCGUGCAAAGCUGCAAGAGGCACAACACAUCCUGCGCCAAAAGAAUGCACUCAUCGCCGCACUAGAACAGCAGCCUCGAAGCGGCGGCAGCAGCAACGGCGUGGGCGGUGGCAGUCCCAGCCUCGGAUCGUCGGCCAAAGUUGCGAGGUCGCCGAGCCCCGCUGCCUCGCUCCGCCCCAGGAAGACGAGCGUCGGCUCGACUCAGGAAAGGAACGCUGCUCCAUCGCGCCCGGCAACACCGACGAGGACGCGCAAGAACAGCAGCGCCAGUGUCGCCGGCGAGGGAGCCGUCGAUGGCGCCUCGACUCCGCGACGCCCGACAGGCUCUGCGGUUGGCCAAGGAGCCGCUCGAACGCGGAAGAACAGCAAGAGCAGCCUCGUCGACAACCAGCUGAACCUGAGUCCGCCGGUGUCGAGCGUCAAUCAGUUCGACAGCGCGCCGGCAUCGCCUACCAGCGGAGCGCUGGAGCCUGUCAAGGAGGCCCGUCGAAACAUGGACAGGGCUCUCGCCGCCGGGCUGGCCGAUUCGCACCGCUCCCCGACGGUGGCCAGCGAGAACCGACGCAUCGCCUCGCUGACCCAGCAGGCCAACGGGAUCGCUGCAAACGGCGGCGGCGGCGGCGGCGGCGGCGGUGGGUCCGGGAAAGUGAUCCACGCACUCACCGCCGAGCUGGAAGAGACGAAGCUUCAGCUCGACUUGACACGGACGCGGCUGCGGGCCGCGCAGCUGCAGGCCUCGGGGCUCCAGCGGCAGCACGACGACCUCAAAGACAGCCUCGGCCGGACGCGCCUGGAAAACGAGUCCAACGCCCAGAUGCUAGCGCGCAAGGAGCGGCAGACGUCCGAGGCGCUGGAGCGGGCGCGCAAGGCCGAGCACGAGGCCAAGGAGCUCGGGCGGAGCAGCCGAGAGUGGGGCACGCGGGUGCGCGAGGUCGAGGCGCAGCUGGGCCAGGAGCGGAUCCUCAAGGCGAGGGCCGAGGCGCAGUACGAGGCGCUGUCGGCGUCGUGGAAGUCGACGCGGGAGAAGCUGCAGCAGGACGUCGAGCAGCUGCGGAUCGACGUGUCGAAGCAGGCGAUCGAGAACAGCGGGGAGGCGCAGAAGCUGCUCAAGGUCAAGACCGAGAUGGAGGAGGCGUGGAGGCAGCGCGACAUGGAAAAGGGCGCGCUGGGCGACCUGCUCGAGCGGCUCCAGAGCCAGCAGCAGCACGUCGAACGCAUCAUCCAGCAGAGUGUCGGCGCGCUCGUCGAGAGGCUCGACGAGUACGAGAGCCACACGCGCAAGCAGGACGACGAGGUGGCCUACGUCGGCGGCGAGCUGCGCAGGAUCCUGCGCCUGAUGCGCAGCGGCUCGACGGAUCCCCACGCGCCGUAA